UUUAUAUAUCUUACACUUUAAUUUUUAAAGGUGCAAUUUAUUUAUUUUAUGGAAACUAUUCCUAUAAAACCCAUCGCUAGAUAACAAUUGAUUGUUGGUUGCUCAACGUCCAGUGACAAAUAUUACAUGCAUGUCUAGGACGCAAGAUAGUAAACUUUAACAGUUCCCGUCAUGAUAGAAUGAUAAACUAUGAUUAUAUAUCCAUAACAUAAAUGAAAAUAGUUAAAAAGUAUUAUAAUAAAAUUGUGUAUAUUUCAGAUACCAUACCAAAAUUUAACUGAAGAAGAAAGAUUGUUUUUAAGAAACGCCCAUCUUGAUGUUGACGGCGAAGAGGAAAAUGAGUGUGAAAGUAGUGCAGAAAAUAAUGAUCAAGAGAAAAUUGUGGAUACGGCAACUGACGGGUAUGAUGAACAGCUAUCAUUAGAAGAAACUUUACAACUACUAGAAGACAUCGCAUCGCCUACCAAGGAUAUAACUGAAGACCAAACCAAUGAAGUUAACACGCAGCAAGACUGCAUAAUGAAAGAUAAAACACCUGAAAAGAAUAUAGAAAUAAAUUUGACAAGUGAAAACGUGCAGAGCUGCCAAGUAUUAUUGAUAGAAGAAAAAGAAAACCAGGUGGUACAAAAUAACACAGCAUCUCCUUACUAUAGUGAAAUGUAUAGACAAAGAUUUGGAAGACCCCCAUCUUUAAUAAGCUCAGAAAGUCCAAGCAAAAGAAUUCAUUUACAGGAAAUCAACGGAAACCAGUCCACAUUUUUCAACGCUGGUAUCACUCAGUACUUUGAUAGUGAACAAAUGUAUCCUGUAGAAUUGUUCAGUAAAAACUCUCUAGACGAUAUAACGAGCUACAUUUACUACAAUGAAGGUGAUAUCGUUGAUUAUAGAACUAAUCCUGCUAUGAACAAAGGGACUGCGGUUUUCAGUAGCGGUUUUUGGAGAAGAGGCUUAGUGAUCAAAAUAGACAAAUGUCCUAGACGAGGCACGCUUUACACUGUAAGAGAUGAUAUUACAGACUUCUGUUUUUAGAUAAAUAGACACCAAAUAAGA